AUGGCACUCGCUGCUCCGUUGACCUUUCAGGCCCGCGCAAUUCCCACGACGCGAACCCCAAGGCCUUCCAGGCCUUCAGCUCCGGCGACUUUGCGGCUCCGCGCUCCCGCGUCCGUGGCGUCUGUGGCUCUUGGCGCCACCAUCCGCGCUGCACAAGGUGAAAGUGAUGAAUCACCGGGUACCAGGAGCAAAUCACAGGGCCGCAGCGCCUUCGCGUUGAUCCUGGCGCGAGCAGCAGCUUGCGGUGUGGCUGCUGCCGGUCUGUUUUGCCCAUUAGCCACAAGCCUUCGAAGCCUCUUGGCCACACCUGCCCAAGAGGUGCUGAAGGAUGACAUGACGCAGUUCUCGCAGAAUGCCUUUGCCGUCGUGCUGCUCCUCCUGGGCCUCUUGCUCGGGGAGACACUCAGCAUGUUGCUGCAACGACAAGACCGCCUAUACCACGCGAUCUACUGCGAAGUGUCCGAGGCUCGGUCUCUGAUUGAGCAGCUGGUGCUACUUAGCGGCUGCCGCGAGGGGCUGAACCAAUCUUGGUCCCCGAGCAGCAAGACGCUCCUGGAGACCGUAGAGGCCUACCUGGUGGAGGACUUGCAGAAUCUGGGCAAGUCUGGCCUCCUUCCAGACCGAGGCGGAGCCGUGGACCCUUUGGAGUCCAUGCUCUUCGUGACCUCCGUGGGCCUGCCGUCCUGCAUUUGCGACUCCGUUCGCUCAAUCCGACAGGCACGAGCAGAGCGGCUAGCAGCCGCUCAGCGGAGGUUCCCCUUGGGGCACCAGGUGAUCCUGAGUGCAAUGGCUGCCUGCGCCAUGGCAGUGUUUAUCCUUCUGGCUGCUGGACUCGCUGGCUUUGAGGCGGAUUCGGCCACAAAGCCUGGUCAUCUGCUGACAGUGCUGGCCCCGCUCUUCGGCUUGUUGAUGAGCGCGCAGGUACUGACGGCCUCGGUGCUGACAGAGUUGUCCAACUGCGGAGGUAGUGAUCUCUUCCGAGCCCAAGAUGUGGUCCAGCAGAGCCUUUCGGGUGCCAGCCUUGUACAGAGCCUCAUCCAGAGUGAUGUUGCCGCCUUCUCGCCUCCGCCGAGGAGCGCCGCGACACCCAGCGUGUGCUCGCGGGUGAGCUCGCCGAAGGAGGACUUGCACAAGAAGCCCGCGGCCGGCAUGCGCUCUAUGUCCAGCCCUGCUGGUCGUGCCAGCGGUGCCAGCGGUGCCAGCGGUGCCAGUGAGGUCAGCGAGCCGAUAUGGCAUGUGCGGUCCCACAAGGACUAUGUGGCGCCGCGGCAGUCUGUUUAUGGCAUGCAGUACAUGAAGGGGACGGGCGUGCCAUGCGGCAAAAACUGGGGAGCCUUUUGUCGCAGGCGCGCUGAGACGGAAGGCCGGGGUCGCAUGUACAAUGCACGGAACAGCCGCCUGCCUGGCCCUCCUGCCAGUCAAAAGGCCCUUGUGGGUCCCCUGGACUGUGCGCCCCGGUUGGACCUGAAGCCGCCGCCGGCCCCCGGCUCCAAGACCUCGUGCCUGGCGGAGCUGGGCCAAAAUGACGCCCCCACCGGCAAGGAGAACCACGGACGUGGGCGGUCAGAUAUGUGCAGUCAUUUGAGAACGACUUGGCGGCCUCGCCCGACCAAUGUCCUAGAGGAGAAGCCACAGGACUCCUUUGCUCGGCGCGCCACCACACGCGGCUGGACCAAGAUCUCGCCGCCAAAGCAGGAGAAGGCGCCCAAGCCGGAUCUUCGCACGAUCCACCGCAGCUCCCUAGAUCCUGACCGGAAGCCCGCAGUGAAGCGCGGAGACCGGCGCCGGGCGGAAUCAGAGGCUUCAGGGCUUGCCGCGGCGGCCUGA